GUGUUACAGUACCAGCCAGUGAAAUACGAAGUGUUGCCCCUCUCACCCCUGUCUAAACAUCGACUAAGUUUGGUGAAGCGCAAAGUGCUAGUAUUGGACCUGGACGAGACCCUGAUUCACUCACACCACGAUGGAGUUAUUAGGCAGAUGGUCAAGCCAGGAACGCCCCCAGACUUUGUGCUCAAGGUGACCAUUGAUCGGCACCCUGUACGCUUCUUUGUGCACAAAAGGCCCCACGUCGACUUCUUCCUGGACAUCGUGUCACAGUGGUACGACCUUGUGGUAUUCACAGCCAGUAUGGAGAUAUAUGGAGCAGCUGUAGCAGACAAAUUGGACGGAGGUCGAGGGAUUUUACGCCGUAGAUACUAUAGGCAGCACUGCACACUCGAUUACGGUAGCUACACCAAGGACCUAGCUGCCAUAUGUCCAGAUCUGGCCUCUAUAUUCAUUCUGGACAAUUCCCCCGGUGCAUAUAGGCAAUAUCCAGACAAUGCAGUGCCAAUCAAGUCAUGGUUCAGUGAUCCACUGGACACCUCCCUACUCAACUUAUUGCCCGUGCUAGAUGCACUGCGGUUUACAGCUGAUGUACGUUCGGUCUUAUCCCGAAACCUACAUCUCCACCGUUUAUGGUAGCACUCAGGGUUGUAGUUUGUAGCGUGUGGCUGUGGCUUUUCAAGUUAACUAUUGGCCACUGUUAUUGGUCUCAGGGGUGCAUGGGGGCUAGGCCUGUGCCGCGUCCUGCUGCACCAUGUGUUGUGGACGCUGCCACCGGAGAACUCUCAUGCUCCCCUCCUCUCCCCCUUCCCCCCCAACCCCAACCCCCUUCCCUGGAUGUGAGGGUUUAGAGUGAAUGUUGAAAGUGUUGACGCCACCUUUUGUUGUAAAUGACUUGUUUCUUUUCUUUUUCUUUUUUCUUUUUUCUUUUUAUUUUCUUUUAUUUUCUUUUUUGUGGUAUAGAUGGCGACACGUUCCAGUCGCAUUUGGGCUGGGCGCUUAGGCCUGUACACAACUUUUUUCUGACAAUGGACAAAUUUUACCUUUAUAGUGUGUGCAAAACAUUUUUAUAUGGAGUAAUGUUUAAAAGAAAUAAAAAAAAAAAUCUUAGAAGAUAUAUGUACUUUAUGUUUAAAAAAUGAAAAAAAAAUCCAAAAAAAUGUGAGAGAAUAAAAUAAAAAGAAUUAAAAAAAUAAAAACAAGAGAGAGAGAAUGAGAACUAGAAGUUUUACUGUGUUUAGUGUCCAGCCUUUAGCACAACUAGGCCACGUGAGUCUGUAAAGUGGGCUCAGAGCUCUGCUAGAAUAUCAACCCCUUGAGGGCACAGAAACUAUUCCCUGUGCCAUAUAAAGGGUCUUUUUGGCCUCGAUGUGUCAAAAUGGAGACUACCCACUAACACACGAAGGUACAAAGGUUAUAAACAUUGGUUGUAAGAGUGUACGUUUGUGCGUGUGUGCCUGUAUUGGUGUCGUCCAUCGUUGAAUGCACAAGGUGCAGGCUCUUUUAAAAAAAGUAUAUAUCCUUUAGUCAGGUCUAUAAAUGUGGAAGUGGAGAGGGACUUGGGUGCCGGGACUGAGUUGACAGAUAGACCAUGUCGGGUGGUGGGCAGUGGUAGGGGGAGGGAGCCCAGUGGAAGGCGGCACCAUUCUUGUGAGGAGACUCAGGUUGUGUGGAAGGAAGAUAUAGAGUUGCUUUUUACAGGAUACUAUAGAAAGGACAAGAGAAAAUCAGUGGUAAAUACUGUUGCCAGUUGCUUCUUGCAGAAAGUUUAGAGACCAGGUUCCUAAAGAUCAAAGCUGAAUUUCCACAUGCAACAAUAGGAUAGGGCACCAGUGAGGUUGCCGCAUGCUGACUUGUGGGAUCAGCGACUCUGAUGCAGAAGUAGGUCAAUUUCCAGGUGGGCAAACUUCUCUCCCUGUGCUCCAUCUAAAUCAGUGAUCAUGCAGAACUGAAGCCAUUUUUUUUCAAUUGUUAUUUUGUAUUCAAUUUAAUAUCUGUGAGAUGCACAAACUACUUGCAUCACACAGGGGGGGGUGAGGGGUAAGGUGUGCCGUCUCCUCGCAUUGUAAUGGCUGACUCGGUCAAAAGAGGCUAUGUACCUAAAAAUGUGAUAUGGUUUAACAUCAUCACUUUCCUUGACUUAAUUCCCAGAAUAGUUUGGGAGGUACUUAGAUGACUAACAGUGAAGUUGCACGUUUGGAGUGUGAGAUAGUUUUGUAGCUAAAAAGUUGAUUUAAUUGUUGCUAUGUUAAGUAUGAAUUAGACACUCAUUAAAAGCCAUUUUCAUCUUUAUGCAUCAAGCUUUAAUGGAACAAGCUGUUGAUUUUUGUUGAUAAAAGUGAAGAAAGAUAA